ACUUUACUUCGAACGCACACUGUUUCCAACUCGGAAUGUAUUUAAUGUGAGGCUGCUAGUGUGGCGAUGUCUCCGAAACACAGUAAUUUGAAAGCAAAUUAAUUUAUUUUAAAAAAAAAUAUCAGUUAAGGCAAUAAAAAAUGGACGACCAGGGCUGUCCGCGAUGCAAAACUACCAAAUACAGGAACCCGUCUCUGAAGCUAAUGGUUAAUGUCUGUGGACAUACACUAUGCGAAAGCUGUGUGGAAAUGCUGUUUAUCCGCGGCUCUGGAAACUGCCAGGAGUGUGACACCCCGCUCAGGAAAAGCAACUUCCGGGUUCAGCUUUUCGAAGACCCUGCAAUAGACAAGGAAGUGGAAAUCCGUAAGAAAGUCUUAAAGAUAUACAACAAGAAUGAUUCUGAUUUCCCCAGUCUCAGAGAAUACAAUGACUAUCUUGAAUUGAUUGAAGAAAUUGUUUACAACCUUACAAAUAAUAUGGACCUAGAGAACACAAAGCAGAUGAUGGAGCAAUACCAGAGAGAGAACAAAGAAAUCAUUCAAAAGAACAAAAUCAAAUUGACUCGGGAGCAGGAGGAGCUGGAGGAGCUGCUAGCUAUGGAAAGGCAGGAGAAUGAGCAAAGAAGACUGCUGCAGAUCAAGGAGGAGAAGCGGCAGGUCCUGGCCAAGAAGAAGAACAAGCAGGCGCUGCUGGAUGAGCUGGAAAGCUCCCAGCUGCCUGCCACCCUGCUGUUGGCUCAGCACAAGGAUCGCGCGGCCCAGCUAGAGACCGAGCUGGAAAAACAGCGGCAGACUGUCAGGCCCACCACCUUCUCUACUGGAAUCAUGAUGGGACAGAAGAUCUCAUUGCAGCCUGUGCCCAAGAUUGAAGAGGUCCUAUAUGUGUAUAAGCCUAUACAUGUGGAGACAUACGGACCCCCGCUUCCAGACCUGGAGAAUCUAGGAAGGUUUGGAUACCUGAACCAUGUGCGUGCAGCGCCCCCACAAGACCUGGCAGGGGGUUACACCUCCAACCUUGCCUGUCACCGCGCCAUGCAGGAUGCGUUCAGUGGACUCUUCUUACAGUCUGUGUAGUUUACUUUACAAGAUCAAUACAGACUACAGGACAGCAGCUGGAGUGAAUUACAACAGCACAUUACUACUUUCAACUGACUGCUUGAACAUCCAUAAAUAUGCAAAAAAUCAAAUCAUAAAAGUAAAGGUGGAUUAGUAUGCGUUUUACUUUUAAAAUUGGGGAGCAUAUUCUUGGUAUCUAAGAAUAUAUUGUGUUUCUUAUUUUUUAUUUUAAAUAAACUAUUGCACAAACAUAGCACAGUGUGUUUCAGUAGUCUUAUAACUGCCCUUUCCUUAUGUAUGGCCUUUAGAUUCAGAGCCUGGAUUAAACUCACCUAUGCAGGGAAACCUAUCCCUCGCACUUAAAUAAUUAAAAAUUCAAUCACAAUAUUGUAUACUGUGUACCUUUUCAGUGCUUUCAGAACUCACUUGAUUCAUGCUCAGUUUCCAUUGCCUAGGAUUACCAUACCUAAAGAUGAAACAGGUCAAGCAUGUUCCAGUAGGGCUGGCUUUCCACAGCAGAAAUACUUCUGAAGAAAGAUGCAUUGUACCAUUUUACAACCAUUCUUGUUGAGAGAUGAAUGAAACAGCUUGGAAAUGGAGGGGAUUACUGGAGCUUUCAAACCAGAACUUGAAUUAAUCUGGUAAUAUUUGUACUGAAGUAUACAUGUUAUUAAAUUAAUCCGCCCUAGUAAA